GGCUGGGCGGGGAUCGAGGCCUGGCCCGCAAGGCGCGGGCACGGCAGCUGCCGCCGCUUCUGCCAGUGGCGGUCGGGGCGCGCUCGGUCCCGGGAAGGAGCCGCUCCCUCGGGCGGGGGUGGCGGGACGGACGCUACAGCCGCCCUCGGCGGUAUCCGCAGCCCCGGAGGCAUCUCCCUGCUCCCCGGCCCGGCCCGCCGCUCCCGGCCACCUCCCCCGCUGCCCCGGGCAGGGGCCGCCGCUCGACACCGGGGGGCGGUGCGGCGGCAGCGGGUCCCCCCUCCCCGGGCUUGAGCUCCGCGAUGGGGCGCGUAGCCCGACCCCCGCCCCGGAGCCCGCCGGCCAGGGUUCCUGGAGAUGCCCGCGGGGACUGGGGGCAGAGCCGCCCCAGCGCUGGUGCCCGCGGAGCCGCCGCAUGUAUGCGCGUAUGCGGUGCCCGCGGGCGCGGGGAGGCGGCCGGGCGGUGUCGCACCGCUGCACGGGGGCUGGUCUCGUUUUCUGCUUCUUCUCUCAGCACCAAGUCGCGGUUUCGUUCUGUGCUGUUUGCGGGUGCGCGUAAGGAGUGAUAAAGCGGCGUCGUGUCAAACCCUGAGAGGUGCCAAGUGCUGCUGGUCUUUAAUAGUCGGGGUGGUCGCGGCUGGAGGCCCCGCAGCAGGUCGCGUAGCAUCUGCUGGCGUGUUUGAACUAACUGUCUGCUUGUAGGGUUAUUGGAAAGCGACUGGCUCCUCGGGAUUCCUUGCCUAAUCAGAGGUGUUACCUCCUCCUCUUCCCCCAGUGUCUCUUGACAUCAUUUCAUCCAUCAGAGUUUCAGAGGAAAGAAAAAACAACCCAAAGCAGAACCCACCCAGUCUGUGAGCAGCCCACACUAGCCCCUCAGUUUUGCAGUGACUGCAGGGAAGAGCUGGAUCAGGGCAAAGAUGAAGGAUGGGAUCGGGGCUGAGCUCCUUGUCCUGAAGGAUUUGGUGCAGGGUGAAUCGAGAGGAAUGCGGAGCGAUGCACCGAUCGGCAUCCCCUGUACCCCGGGAGGGGAUCAGUAAACCCUGCGGGCGUGCGUGGGGAUGCGGGGGAGCUUGACCCACGGAAAAAAGAAGCCUCAAGGUGCGUUUGCUCCUGCCGGUCAUUUUUAUUCCAUGGGAUUUCUUCUGUCCCCCGCGACUGACCUGAUGUGGACCAAAACGUUUCUAACAUGAACUUUCUCUCUGGGAUCUGGUGGUCUCUUCCCCUGGUCUUGAUUUGGGCGACCCCACCAGUCACCUCCUCAUGGUGGUACAUGGGGGCCGUGGGCUCGUCGCGGGUGAUGUGCGACAACGUGCCGGGCCUGGUGAGCCGGCAGCGGCAGCUGUGCCGCCGGCACCCCGAGGCCAUGCUCUCCAUCGGCCGCGGCGUGGCCGCCUGGACGGCCGAGUGCCAGCACCAGUUCCGCCGGCACCGCUGGGACUGCAACGCCCUGGAGCGGGGGCAGCGCCUGCUCGGCCGCGUCCUGCUGCGCAGUAGUCGAGAAUCUGCUUUUGUACAUGCCAUCUCCUCCGCUGGGGUUGUUUUCGCCAUCACCAGAGCAUGUAGCCAAGGGGAGCUGAAAUCCUGCUCCUGCGAUCCCAAGAAGAAAGGCUCUGCCAGGGACAGCAAGGGCCACUUCGACUGGGGUGGCUGCAGCGAUAACAUCGACUACGGCAUUAAAUUUGCCAGAGCCUUUGUGGAUGCCAAAGAACGGAAAGGAAAAGAUGCAAGAGCGCUGAUGAACCUUCACAACAACAGAGCUGGAAGGAAGGCCGUGAAGCGGUUUUUGAAACAGGAGUGCAAAUGUCACGGUGUGAGUGGAUCAUGCACUCUAAGGACCUGUUGGCUGGCCAUGGCAGACUUUAGGAAAACAGGAGAUUAUCUGUGGAAGAAAUACAAUGGAGCGAUUCAGGUGGUCAUGAAUCAAGAUGGCACGGGUUUCACUGUGGCUAAUAAGAGAUAUAAGAAACCAACUAAGAAUGACCUGGUGUACUUUGAAAGCUCUCCAGACUACUGUAUCAGGGACAGGGAUGUAGGGUCCCUCGGGACAGCGGGUCGGGUUUGUAACCAAACCUCCCGUGGUAUGGACAGCUGUGAGGUGAUGUGCUGCGGGAGAGGCUACGACACCUCCCGUGUCAGCAGAAUGACCAAAUGCGAGUGCAAAUUCCACUGGUGUUGUGCUGUGCGCUGCCAGGACUGCCUGGAAGUGGUAGAUAUUCACACCUGCAAAGCACCAAAGAGCGCUGGCUGGAUCUCCCGGACAUGAUGCGCCAGGCUACCGAUGCUUGAGGACUGCAGCCUUCCUUCUGCCUGGGCCACGCAGGGAAUGAGUCCAAGGUCUUCUCUACUUUUACAUCAGUUUUGCCUUUGUCUUUCAUGGCACAGAAGCUGCUGAAUAAUUAAUACAAACUCUGAAGCAUUUAAUUCCCACUUCUGCGUGAUGGUGUUGCUGCAGUUGUCUGUGCAUAAACUGAUGCAGCUCUGGAAGGACAUACUUCCGCCUGAGCUCUUCCAAACACCCACAAUUCUCCUCCAGACUCCUUGAAGCAAGUCAUUCCUGCCACCAGGAAUACAGCAAGACACAGAGGUGAGGCAUUUCUUUACAAGACCACCACCAACUGCAUGGGCUGAGCCUACUCAAGCAUCUUCCAAAGAAUCUUGUGCUGGUCACAGUCAUGCCCUGGAUACUGCGGUGCUCAGGAGUGUGAGCACUGGUUGGUGAUUCCUCCAUGGGAGAACAAAUUGGGGCCAGGCUGAGUGGAACUCUUUACAGGAACGGUGUGCGUCCAUCCCUGGUGGACCAGCUGCCGUCCUGCGGGUCAUUUGGGGCCGUCCCACCUGCCAUGAGCAUCUUGUGGCUUCCCAGGGGGCAGAAAUGGGCCCACGGCAAAAGGCAAAGGAAACUGCAGGAAAUAUAUUCAGCCACAAGGUUUUCGUAAACUGUUGAAGAGUUGAAGCAAAUGUCUUAGUUUUAUAUUUGUGAAAACUUGCCUUAAAAGCUUUUGAAAGGUCAUUGAUACUAACUGCUGACUUUUUUGUGGUGUGAAGGAUCGAAGAGAAGGGAUUUGUUUCUCAGCCUGGUGAAAGCUGGGUAUAAGACAGUCAGCUACCUGAGGAUAAGGUUUCCUAUUUUUCACUUACUGAAUAAACAGAAAAAUAUUUGCAGAAAGCUGAUGGAGAAGGAAAUGCCUUGUCUCAGUAAUGAUUUAGUUUCUGAAGAAUCUAUCGACUUCUGUGUGCUUUUAAAUUUAAUAAAUCUAUGAAAUGUG